UUCCAUAUAAAUUUCGGCCAUAUAUAACAAUUUAAACUAGUUUUAUUACAGUCGGUAUUCAAAUCCAUCAUACCGCUAACUUUAAAUGUUCUUAGAUAUAAACGGUUGAGCUACUGACUCUUGAAACUUCCAUAUGAUCUUUACUACAACGUUUGUUCAAUAUAUUUACCCGAUCGUCUAAAAAAUAUUGAAUUUAUUCAACAGUUAUAAAUGGAAGACAAAACAUUGGUCUUUUCAAAGGAAAAACAACAUCAAAAGCAAAAAGCCAAAGCGAAAAUGCACAUAGAUAUUUAAGUACACACAUAAUUCCAUUUCUUAUAAUGACAACGUCUCGAAAGGGAAAGCUUUUAAACCGUGUGGAUACACUUAUUAAAUACACUCUUACUUUGAGUCUCGCUUCAUCAUGUAUGUAAAUGGUUAGUAUAGUGGUGGAGAGGGAGAGCUAUAGUAAGGCGGUGGUGAUGGCGAACUAUAGACAUAUGGAGGAGGCUUGUAAACAUAUGGAGGAGGCUUAUAAACAUAUGGAGCCGGUGGUGGUGAGUAGCUAUCGACGUAUGGAGGUGGUGGAGGAGACUUGUAAACAUAUGGAGGAGGUGGUGGUGAAGUAUAGACAUAAGGAGGUGGUGGAGGAGACUUAUAUACAUAUGGAGGAGGCGGUGGCGAGCUGUAAACAUAUGGAGGUGGUGGUGGCGAGCUAUAUACGUAGGGAGGUGGUGGAGGCGAGCUAUAGACGUAGGGAGGUGGUGGAGGAGAUUUGUAAACAUAAGGAGGUGGUGGUGGUGAGCUGUACACAUAAGGAGGCGGUGGUGGAGAUUUGUAGACAUAUGGAGGUGGUGGUGGAGAACUGUAGACGUAAGGAGGUGGUGGCGGAGACUUGUAAACAUAUGGAGGAGGUGGUGGAGAGCUAUAGACAUAAGGAGGAGGUGGAGGAGAUUUGUAGACAUAUGGAGGUGGUGGAGGUGGAGAGCUAUAUACGUAAGGAGGUGGUGGAGGAGAUUGGUAGACAUAUGGCGGUGGUGGUGGAGGACUAUAGACGUAAGGAGGUGGUGGAGGAGACUUAUAAACAUAUGGUGGUGGUGGUGGGGAACUAUAGACAUAAGGAGGAGGUGGAGGUGGUGGGGAGCUAUAGACGUAAGGAGGUGGUGGGGGAGAACUGUAGAUAUAUGGAGGGGGUUUGUAAACAUAUGGAGGAGGCGAUGGAGAGUUAUAAACAUAUGGUGGAGGACUGUUGUAAACAUAUGGCGGAAGCGGUGAAUACGGUGUUGGUGUUGGAGAGUAUUGAGCACUUGUAUACGCAACCAUGGAAUACAAGGCUAAGACCACCAUAA